CCCUGCCUCUCUUUCUCCCGCCACUCGCGCUUCGAAGCCAUGCCGCCGAUCCGCCGCGUGAACAAGAGGGGACCGAUGCGUAAGCGGGAGACCAGGUGGUAUUGGCCUUCUCGCCCGAUUUGGCACAUGGUCGAGCUGGGUGAGGGGAAGCUGCAGUUUUGGGAACAAUGCUGCGGCUGCGUGCCGUGCGGGAAGGCCACCACGAUCGACCUCGUGUACCCGACGAUCCGUGUCGCCGUCCGCCCGAGGUUCAAGAACUUGACGAACGCGUUGGUGGUGUGGCACGACAAUACGGGGCUUGGACACACCAUCGAUUUCCACAAGUGCAGCCACGAGACGUGAGCAAGGGGAGGUGGGGAAGAGGAAGGGGAUGGGUGCAUUGUUUCAUUUCUCUCCACAUGUGCUGUGUGGCAUGUGCUGUGUGGCGUGUGUCAUCGAUCUAUAGGAUCAUUGACGGGUUCGACGCGGCCACUGGCGCGAAGGCGGCGUUCGAAUGCCACAGUUCGGCCGAGCUGGGCGUCUGGUACGUGAGGCGACCGAUCGACCAAGUUCUGAUGUGUACCAUUGUUCAUCUGUUUGUCUGUCUGUCUCUUUGUCCAGGUAUGACGCAGUGAUGAACGAGGUUGCCAACGCCAUCUGUACCAACGGCACGGCGGGCCAGCAGACUGGAGGGCAGCCCGCAGCCAUGGAGGGCCCCAUGCUCACCUCGGCGCCAGCCAGCCAGCCCGCCACGCUUCCACCCACCACCACUGCCGUCGAGCCUGAGCCCGCUGCAGCAGCCGCCGAACUUCCCACUCACACGGCAGACACCGAUCAAGCAGCACAGCAGCCGACGGUCCACCACGCCCUCUCCGAGGCCGACCACCCCGUGGAGGAGACGCCCUCCGUCGCAGACAGCGCGGCCAAGGCGGCAUCGGUCAUGGCUGGCGUGUACUUCCCGCACAUCGUGGGGUUCCGCUCCAUGGGCACCAGCGAGUCGUUCCAGAAGCGUGCGGGGUCGGUGAUCUACGGCCGCACGAGUGUGGAGAGCGACGAGCCGACGGCGGGGAAGGGCGGCAGUGGUGCGGCUGCCCCGGCUGCGGCGGCUGCUGCGGCUUCGAGCGGCUCUGCUGGUGCGGGGGAGGGGGAGGGAGAGGAAGGGGAGGCUGCGGGAGAGUGGACCGUGUGGGACGAUGACCGUUAGCUUAGACAGGGGUAAUCAAUCGUGUGCACUCACGACAAGGGAGGGAGUCAGGAAAGGGUCUACCUGUUCGUCUGGUUGGUCUGCUGGGGUUUUUCCGUUUGUCCGCACCUCAUUGCCUGUCGCUCCCUGUCCGGCUGGCCUGUCCUUGUCUAUCUAUCUCGCGAAGCGAACUGUCUGUGAUUGGCUGUGCCGUUGUGUGAAUACGGG